CGGUGACUCGUUAGCGGCGAUGUCGCUGACGAACCCUUUCUUGUUCUACGUACAGGCAUGCUUGCUGUCGACGCUGCUUCCCCAAGGAUCCUUGGCUCUGGGCCUAUCUACGGUACCGCAAGCUUCGUUAAUGAGAGCGCCUUUGAUACCGGCGUUCGUUGUCUCGCCAUCACAUCGCGGAACGCGUGCCUGCACCAGCGCUGACAGAGCUCGGAUAUCAAGCGUCAUCCUAUGGAAGUGCCCAUCUUCACCGGCCUUGGAGGACGUCGCCCUCAUCGAGAAUCCUGCGUCGAUUCAGCCGCACCUAGCGCGACCAUCGACUGCGACAGCCACGUCAAUUGCUACAAAAGCAGCGCAUGGUGUGGCCUACGCCAGUGGGCACGGUGACUCGUUAGCGGCGAUGUCGCUGACGAACCCUUUCUUGUUCUACGUACAGGCAUGCUUGCUGUCGACGCUGCUUCCCCAAGGAUCCUUGGCUCUGGGCCUAUCUACGGUACCGCAAGCUUCGUUAAUGAGAGCGCCUUUGAUACCGGCGUUCGUUGUCUCGCCAUCACAUCGCGGAACGCGUGCCUGCACCAGCGCUGACAGAGCUCGGAUAUCAAGCGUCAUCCUAUGGAAGUGCCCAUCUUCACCGGCCUUGGAGGACGUCGCCCUCAUCGAGAAUCCUGCGUCGAUUCAGCCGCACCUAGCGCGACCAUCGACUGCGACAGCCACGUCAAUUGCUACAAAAGCAGCGCAUGGUGUGGCCUACGCCAGUGGGCACGGUGACUCGUUAGCGGCGAUGUCGCUGACGAACCCUUUCUUGUUCUACGUACAGGUAAGAUAUCAGUAUUCUAUACACUCUAGACGAAGUAAUAACCUAUGGCUUCUCGAGUUACCGUGCCCACGGUCAUCGCGCUUUUUUUGUUCUUUGUGCUCUUUGUAUUACUGGUUGUGUACACAUGCGAUGCUUGUCCUACAUUCCGCUGAUACAUUAAAACUUCUCUUGUUACGCUCCGGUGACGUCGAGGCGAAUCCGGGACCUAUGUCUAUCGAUCAGGCCAAGCAGUUUAACGACAUGUUCAAACUCUUGCAAGAUGUAAAUGAACGUACGGUCAAGAUUGACCAAGGCCAAGCUAGCCUAAUUAAGUCUAUUAACGAGUUAAAAAGUAAGCAAGAAUCCGUCGAACUAAAGGUUACCGACAUCCAAAAUCGGCUCGAAGGCGUUGAGUGCAAAGUAGCAACUUUCGAUGCAACCCGGGAAGAACUCUUGGCUGCCGAGGGAUUAAUGCAGUCUGUUAUUAAGGACAACCAAAGACUGCACGAGCGCCUGAACGAUAUUGAGGACCGCUCAAGAAGGAGCAAUAUUAUCUUUCACGGUAUUGAAGAUUCCACCUCCGAAUCUUGGGAACAGUCUAAAGUAAAAAUAUUAGAUAGGUUAUCUACUUCACUUAGUCUGCAAGUUUCUGACGAAUGCGUUGAACGUGCUCACAGGCUUGGCUCGUACGCAGUCGGAGGAUGCAGGCCACUGAUUGUCAAGUUCUCUUCUUUCAAAACAAAACAAACAAUUUUGCAAUCACGACCUAAGCUUAAAGCCUGCGGCAUAACGGCUAAUGAAGAUUUUUCUCCGGCUACGCGCCUAGCAAGACAGAAACUUUUUGAUUUUGGAAAAUUACAAAAGAGCGUCUUCCAACUGCGCUACAAUAAGCUUUACGUGAACAAUAAAUGUUUCAUGUAUGAAAAUGCGAACGACAGGGUGUAUGAAGUUGGAAAUGACAGAAGGCCGGGCAAGAGCAAUUCAAAUACAAGAAGCCCUGGAGGCGAUAAUAAUCAACCUUCCUCAUCGUUGCAAAAUAACGUGGCACCAAACUUAAAUGCCCGCGCAGCAUCUGCCCGAUCUGCCUUGCCCUAACAUAGUGCGAGGGGUAGUGGUUCUUCUUUCGCGCCCGAAAUAAUUACUGUUCUGUUUACUAAUAUCCGAAGUGUCAUGCGAAAUCGCGAUGAUCUAUGCUCUGCCAUUGACUCCACCGGGGCUGAUGUUGUAGUUUUGACAGAAACGUGGCUCUCUAGCAAAAUUCAUGAUAACGAAAUCCUAACUACUAACAAACGGUUCAAAAUUUAUCGCACUGAUAGGGAAGCUCGCCAAGGCGGAGGUGUGUUGAUUGCAGUCGCCGAACAUAUAGAUUCCCUUCAUUUGAAUGUUGCAAGUGAUCUCGAAACAGUCUUUGUUUGCCUUUCCGUGAAUCACAAAAAAUAUAUCUUGGGUGCCUGUUACCGCCCUCCCUCAAGUGACGAUAGCUUUCUGAACAAACUUCAUGACGUAAUCAGUACAGUGACUUUGCGAUCUCCCACACCAAACGUCAUCCUUCUGGGUGAUUUUAACUAUCCAAAUAUUGUGUGGUCGGCGGAAACAGCUUACUCAAGUCCUUUUUCGUCUGACAGUGACAAAUUCCUCAA